AAUGCAGCACAAGGGCGGAGUUAGCACAGCAGUGAAGUUUAGCCUAGCAGGAAACACCGAGGCUACCACCGCAGCGGUGGAAAAAGAAACAGCAGCGGACCUAGUUUCAGUUCUUAGCCAGUCCUCAGACCAGAUAUCGUCUCGGCAGAUUCACUAUCGCUUGGCACCUUGGAACUGACGCUUUCUGCCUGGUUACGUUUUCUUUGACUUUAUGGUAGGAGAGAGCUGCUAGCCAGCACAAACACCGGACGCUGGCCGGAGGUGGAAACCUAUCCAGCGGCUGUAAACGGUGGACGUCGGCUGAGCAACGGCCGUUUUGAAUCAGCGUGCGUCAGUGGGCCUGCAGGCUCCACACUGGUGCUGAGACAGGAUGAAGAGGUUCAGGCGACAUGGCCAGGAGUCCCACAGAGAUCGACUUAAACAGGAACUCUUCCAGUUCAACAAGACAGUGGAGCAUGGAUUCCCCCACCAGCCCAGCGCUCUGGGCUACAGCCCCUCUCUGCAGCUUCUGGCCAUCGGCACCCGCUCCGGUGCCAUCAAACUGUAUGGAGCUCCAGGUGUGGAGUUCAUGGGUCUACAUGAUGAGAACGCUGCCGUCACACAGGUGCACUUCCUCCCCCACCAGGUUGAACUGGUGACUCUGCUGGAUGACAACAGUCUGCACAUGUGGACUUUGAGAGCCCACAAGGGACUUUCUGAACUUUUGGAGAUAGGACGCUUCAUGCUUACUGGACCACCUGGUGCCCCCCCAAGUGUGACCAGAGUGACAGCAGUGCUGGCCCAUUCCUCAGGAGACCUGCUGCUGCUGGGGACAGAAGGAGGCCAUGUCUUUAUAGUUGAAGUGCCUGGGUUCAGAGAGCUGGAGGAAAGAAAUAUCAGCCUUGAUCAAGUUGCCAACAGCGUACCAGACGACUACAUAGGCCGCAGGAAUCUAGAACAUGUUGAAGCCUUACAAGAGAACCCGGUCAACCCAAACCAGGUCGUCAUUGGUUACGGACGAGGUCUCAUGGUCAUCUGGGAUCUAGAGAACCAGUGUGCCAUCCAGCACAUCCCUGCCACACAGCAACUGGAGAGUGUGUGGUGGACAGAGGACGGAGGCUACAUUCUUAGUUCGCACAGUGAUGGAAGUUACUGUCGAUGGAUGGUGGGCGGAGAGGACGUGGAGGAGGAGGAGAAAUCAGACAUUCCUUACGGACAUUUCCCCUGCAAGGCCAUUUCUAAAAUAGUUCAGCUACCUACAGAAGAAGGGCCUCCGUUCCUGCUGUUCAGCGGUGGUAUGCCCAGGGCCAGCUACGGUGACAGACACUGCAUCACUGUGAUCCACAGUAAAACACACGUGGCUCUGGACUUCACCUCCAGGAUUAUUGACUUCUUCGCCAUCAGAAACGGACAACAGCACACAGGAGAUCCCAGUGCGCUGGUGGUCCUGGUAGAGGAGGAGCUGGUAGUGAUCGACCUGCAGACGGAGGGCUGGCCGGUCAUUCAGACACCUUACCUGGUUCCCCUCCACAGCUCAGCAAUCACCUGCUCCCACCACGUCUCCGCCAUCCCCCUUAAACUGUGGGAGAGAGUCAUUGCUGCUGGAGAGCUGCAGAGCACACAUUACUCCAAAGAGCCCUGGCCAAUAACAGGCGGGCAGAACCUGGCCCCAGACCCUCCACAGAGAGACCUGCUGCUCACAGGGCACGAGGACGGAACGGUGCGUUUCUGGGAUGCAUCAGGAGUCUGUCUGUAUCCCAUGUACAAACUAAGCACAUCCGCAGUAUUCCACACAGACGCUGACCCCAAUGACAACAUGAACCAAGGCACGGAAGGAGAGUGGCCGCCGUUUAGAAAGGUUGGCUGUUUUGACCCGUACAGUGAUGACCCGAGGCUCGGCAUUCAGAAGAUCCACCUCUGUAAAUACAGCGGUUAUCUGAUUGUAGCUGGCACAGCUGGACAGAUCCUGGUGCUGGAGCUGAAUGAUGAGGCAGCAGAGCAGACGGUGGAGGCUAAAGUUGUGGACUUGCUGCAGGGCCAAGAGGGAUUCCGCUGGAAGGGCCACACUCGUCUGGAUGUGCGAGAGGAGCCGGUGCUGUUUCCCCCAGGCUUCCAGCCCUUCGCUCUGGUGCAGUGCCAGCCUCCCGCCGUGGUCACUGCCCUCAACCUGCACUCAGAGUGGAAGCUGAUUGCUUUUGGCACCAGCCACGGCUUCGGCUUAUACGAUUACCAACAGAAGAACAACGUCUUCAUCAAGUGCACCCUAAACCCCAGUGACCAGCUGGCCAUGGAGGGUCCUCUGUCCAGAGUGAAGAGCAUUAAGAAAUCCCUUCGACAGUCAUUCAGAAGAAUCAGACGCAGCAGAGUGUCACUAAGGAAACAUCAUGUCAACAACGCUGCCAAGCUCCAGGAGGCCAAUGCUCGCCUGGAGGCUGAACUGGCAGAGAUGGAGCUGGCUCCCGUCCAGAGGAAGAUCGAGGCUCGGUCUUCAGACGACUCUUUCACCGGUCUCGUACGGACGCUUUACUUCGCCGACACCUUCCUCUCAGACAGUUCACACAACACACCCUCCCUAUGGGCAGGGACCAACGGCGGCUGUGUGUUUGCGUACAUGCUGCGCCUCCCUCCUGUGGAGCACAGAGCAGACGAGCCGGUCACCGCACAGCCAGCAAAGGAAAUCCAGCUGAUGCACCGCGCUCCUGUCGUCGGUAUCGUGGUGUUGGACGGUCAGGGGGCUCCUCUUCCUGAGCCAUUGGAGGUGGCCCACGACCUGGCUCGCUCUCCUGAUAUGCAGGGCUCCCACCACCUGCUGGUUAUAUCUGAGGAACAGUUUAAGGUGUUCACCCUGCCUAAGGUGAGUGCUAAGAUGAAGUUGAAGCUGACGGCCGUGGACGGCUCCAGAGUACGGCGGGUAGGCGUGGCCUGGUUCGGCAGCAGUCGGUCGGAGGACUACGGCGAGAGCGGCCUGGUGGUCCUGACCAAUCAGGGCGACCUCCACGUGGUGUCGCUGCCAGGAGUCAAGAUGCAGGUUCAGCACCCCUGCAUCCGCAGAGAGGACGUCAGCGGCAUCGCUUCCUGUGUUUUCACCAAGCAUGGCCAGGGCUUCUACCUGAUCUCUCCGUCUGAGUUUGAACGGUUCUCUCUGUCUACCCGCUGCGUGGUGGAGCCUCGCUGUCUGGUGGAGGUCCCUCUUCAUUCAGGCACAUCCACCCAACACAGAGCACAGCCUGACGGAGCUUCAUCUGCUCACAGAAACGCCCGUCAAGAGAGCGAAGACGCAGAAAGCGCAGCUAGACGUGUUAUGGAGCAUGCUUUGCUGAAUGACGAGAAAGUGCUCCAGGAGAUCCAGAAGUCACUAGAAGGAGACCAGACGUCAUUCCUGGAGAAUAAUGUGAAGAGUGCUGUCGCUUGAGAGACGUUGCUGGACAGUGGAGAGUGAACUGACACGUUAAUGAUCAUGAAGCAUACUGCAGUCCUGUGGCAGCUCUCGUCUCCUGCCUGGCUGCCAGAACAACCACUACUGACCCCUGACCCCUUGCCUCAGUGACUGACCUCCCCACUGGCCCCUCGUAGAGACACCAAAGGGCUCUUGGCAGUAGCGUGCACUAUGAGCACCACCAGGCUGCUUGAAGACUCACUAACUGCUUGAUUCCACCGGAUGCGGCUGAAUCACGUUCUGGCUGCUACGGCAAAACAGACAAAAAAAAAGAAAGCAUUAAACUACAUAGCCUGCUUACCCAUAGUAGAAGCACAAAAAUCAAGGAAAAAUGACCAAAUCAACAAAAUCAGAGCAAGUCAUCAAUAUCAGGCAGGCAAAACACUCUGCUUCUGGUGGGGUUUGAAGCCAUGCAGAGGACGGAACAAAACCGCGACACUGCCGUGCCCGGUGGAAUCAAGCAGUAACGGUUACAGACAGAGGGUGAAGGAAGAGACACCACCUGUGCCUAAAGACCACACACUGUACACAAAUCCUCACAGCAUGGUCACAACCAUUUAACCCAAAGCUACAUGAAGCACAUUCCUCACGUGACCAGUGCCAGAAUUCAUCACACAAAAAAAACUUUGAUCCUCGCCAGCAUCAAACCAGCAUCUCACAUCUGCCAUGGAUGCCACUUGUUGAGGCUGUUUGACUUAAAUAGCAACCAUACCCACUUCAUUCAGAAAGCCUUUAUCACCACCAGCCUUUUGGACUGCCAGUGGACACAGUUUGUCCAAUCACCAUGCUCUGUCUCUGCUGGACAUCUCCCCACAUGGACAUACAGCUGGACGGAGUGCAGGAGAUGAUUUGAAUUAGGUUGAUGAAACUAAUGUGUAGCUUCAAUUUUAUGUGAUUUGUGCCUGUUUUUUUUUUUAUUUGAAGAAACCUCCAAUCUAAACUGUGGAAGCUUAUUCUGCCAUAAAAAGAAGAAAAAAAUGGAUGGAAAAGUCAAAAUAAUGAGAUACUAAGUUAAUGUUUUUACUUUUUAAGUCAAAAUAUUUAGAUGGUGAAAAUUUGGACUUUCAUAAUUGUUACUUGGUAUUUAGCAUGAUAUAAUUUUGAAUUUAUAUUUGAUCAUUUUGACUUUCCACCAUAAUUUUACUCCAAAUUCAUAAUUUUUUACUUGGUAGUCAUACUUUUUUGUGAUUUUGACUUAGUCAUAAUUUUCUCAAAAGCCAUAAUUUCCACAUAGUAUCUUAUAGGUUUGACUCAGUAACUUAGUUUUGAUUUAGUAAAUCUCAUACUUUUGACUAAGUUAGAUUUACUAUUAUAAAAGUGACUCAAAAGUCACUUUUAUUUAAUAUCUUGUAAUUUUGACUUGAAGCAAAAAAUUCUCAUUUUCACUUGGGUUAAAAGUUUGACGUAAUAUCAGUGUUUUUUUUAUUUUUGUCAUUCCUUACACUUCAUCUAUUUUUUUUUCUUUUCCUGGCAUUAAUGGGCUUCUAUACUAUUCAGAUGAACUAUCAAGGGAAAAUAUUUUUUUGUGAUGCCCCAGAAGAGAAAAAAAAAGAUACAAAAGUUGUUUUAUGUAUAUUGAACCACACAUUUUUUAUUUUUCAGUCAGGAUUUAACAAAUUAGUAAUAGAGAGUAUGUUGUACCCCUGCACACUGCUAACACAGCCCUCUCCCCUCCCGUCCACUUGAUAAAAACUUUGUAACCGGCCAUAGGUACUUCUCCACUACUGCGGAGCUCACAGUGCUGUACUUUUUUGGGGGAACAGUUUCUAUGGGGUUUGUUUUUUAAUUAUUUUUUAUGUAAACCAUUUUUUAAUGCCAGCAAUGAAUAAUGUAAUUUAGGAAUGUAAUUGUAAGCUAUUGUAGUGAAAUCUUUUUAAUAUAUACAGUAUGUAUGUGACUCAGUCUGUACCUGUGGGCCUGUUGUAACUGGGGUUGGCUGCUAUUUAGAUCGUACAAGGAAAUAUUUUGGUACUGCGUCUGAGAAUGCCGGAAUACUAUUUUAGCCUCUGCCUAGAAUAUAUUUUUGUAGUGAACUGAUUAAGAACCCUAAUUUUUUUUGAUUUGUAAUUUCACACUACAGUUUUCUUGUGGAUAAUUAUAUGUUUUUUCCCAAGAAUGAA